AUGAUACUGACACUUCGUAGACGUCUUACCAUUGCAUUCUUUAUCCCACAGAUCAAUAUCUAUGCAGAAAAAGUACACGCUUACGAAUGCGGCUUUGACCCUAUAGCUAUAGAAGGCCCAACACCAGUUUCAGCUCUACUUCACUCCAGCACUAUAGUAGUAGCAGGAAUCUUCCUACUAAUUCGAUUUUAUCCCCUAACCUCAAAUAACAACUUAAUACUAACACUAAUAUCAUGCCUAGGCUCUCUCACAACACUAUUCACUGCCAUUUGCGCACUCACCCAAAAUGACAUCAAAAUCGUAGCAUUCUCAACAUCAAGCCAACUAGGACUAAUAAUAGUCACCCUAGGAAUUAACCAACCAUUUCUAGCCUUCCUCCACAUCUGCAACCAUGCCUUCUUCAAAGCUACAUUAUUCAUAUGUUCCGGGUCAAUUAUCCACAGCCUAAACGACGAACAAGAUAUUCGAAAAAUAGGUAACACCAUAAAUUUACUCCCCUUCACCUCAUCCUGCCCAAUCAUUGGAAGCUUGGCACUAAUUGGCAUGCCUUUCCUCACAGGAUUUUACUCAAAAGAUGCAAUCAUCGAAUCCAUAAACUCUUCUUAUACCAACGCCUGAGCCCUCUUAAUCACACUAAUCGCCACAUCCAU